CUCGUGGGCAUUCCAAGCAGGAAUUCUCGAAAGCCAGUUGUGUUGUAGAAACCGCGGAGCGGCUCGCCGCUCGCCCGGUAGGUACUUUCGACCGGUCGUAAAGUCGACGUUUCACAGCGGCGGUGCUCGCUUCCAGUAAUACGGAAUUUCGCCCGGAAAGCGGACGCGAACUCGUGUCCCGGCCGAACGAUUGGCAACCCACCCGGAAGACUGACGGGCCAUCCAUAAAAAUUCUGAUCUACCGUAACAGCCAAUCGCGAUGGAUGUCGAAACCGGGGCCAUCCUGGCCUUGCAGAUAUUGGCUCUGUGCUCAAUAGUUGCGGCCCUGCUGGCCUAUCUGAUGCGACAAUCCAGGAAUGCCGCCGACGAGUACGAGUCACGUAACAAACGUCAUGUACUCGUUACCAGCUGUGAUACAUGCAUAGGUCUGCAGAUCGCCCUCGCACUCUACGAAGCCGGUUACAAGGUGUUUGCGGGUCUGCUGGAUCCAGCAGGCAGCUCGCCAUCGGUCAAAAUCCUGAAGGCGGUCGAACUGGAGCGGCAGAAAGAGGGCGAGCCUGGGGGUGCGAGCGAUGGCGAUCUCGAGCAGCCGGAAGGAACACGUACUCGCGGCCAAAUAGUGCCAUUGGAGCUGGACCCGACCAGGGAGGAUAGUCUGCGCGCUUGCUUGGACGCCGUCAGGGCAAAACUUCCGGCUGGCGAAGAUGGUCUCUGGGCAGUCGUGCACACGGGCGGCUUGGUUUUACCAGGUGUCAUAGAGAAACAGAGCAGCUCGAUGUGGGAGUCCAUGUUGCGUCAUAAUCUGGUGGCUCCGCUGAGAACAGCCCGUGUGUUCAUCCCUCUUUUACGCAUCAAGAGAGGACGCAUCGUUCUUCUGGGUGACUCCGAGACGAGCUACGGCAGCACGGGGGGUUCCGGAUUGGUGGCGUUCAGCGCAUCCCGAAGGGCUGUGGAGGGUGCAGCCGAGGCGUUAAAAAGCGAAUUACAUUCCUCGGGCGUCGACGUCGUGCUCCUCAAGCCACCGCCCGUGAAUCCCCUCGUUCUUUAUGCAUCGCCCGUUCUCAAGACGGUCGACGUGGAGUCGGGCGUAACGGCCUCGGAGGGGACGUGGACCGCGCCGCUAUCGAUUCAUUCCGUGCGGAACGCUCUGAUUCCUGCGAUUACGACGUCGUGUCCUCCGAGCGUUUACGACAUGACCGUCAAGCCGAGGCUGUUCUGCCGAUAAUCCCGUCCCGUCCGCGCAAACGGACGAAGGAUCGCAAGAUGUAGCGACGCCGACUCCUGCGAAUCGACGCGACGCUCAUUUUAUACAUAUAUCGGAACAAUGGAGCGUGCACGCACGACGCACGCACGAUUUCCUCGUGCACGAUAUCAUCCGCGCUGUGACAUGUCAUCAUCCUGCGUGCCCCACGGCGUGCGAACCGGAAUCACCCUCUCCGUAUCGCGACAAGCACAACAUCCUCAACACGCUUGUCUUCCAGGCAGCAUCAAUCCCGAAGCAACCCUCGCUCUUGUUUCCCAUCCAGGUUGCGUCGCAUCAAUUCGAGGAGACAUUCAAACAGCCAGUAAUGCAUCCUCGUCGCCAGUAGAACGUAUAAGCUCAUAUUCUGUAGAUAACUUCUUCCUCUUAUGCAACGUCUUAUGCACUUUCCAUUCCCUGUUCCCUAUUUCCUCGUGGUGAAGUAAUCGCGUAGCAAUCGUUAGCCGAUAAAAGUUGUAAAGGUAACGCGAAGAUUUUAUUCGAGAUUAUUAAUUUGUCAUCGCAUGCAGGGAAAUGAUUCAUCGAUUUAUUAAGAACGCAAGGGUGCAAUAAUAUAAUAGAUAAGAUGUGCAAUCAUUGCGUCAAGCCGAAAUGCGCGCGUGCAAUAUGCGUUCUGCGAUUACCCGUAAAAAUCAUUACAUAUUGCACAUAUCUAUCGAGAUAUCGCAAUAAAACCACGUAACGCGGAAAAGCCGGGAACGUUACUGCAUUUUCCAAAUCAUUGCCUCACUGAUAGUAGGAAGAGCAGCCGAGACGCUCGUAACCCGCGCGCGUCCGUGUCGCUUCCCGUAUAGGGAUAACCGUUUUACCGCGCUUUUAGUAGAAAACUUGGCGUUCACCGCAAGAAAAUUGUGUAACCGGUGUAAAUGUGAGUCGCUGCGCUUAACUCGAAAUUACGUUCGCUUCGUUAAGCGGCAGUUACCUGUAACUUCUAAAUAGAGUACGGUAACGAAAUCAGCGCACACGGAGCGUGCGUGUUCCGCGCGCAGAAAAUAUUCUGGAUGCGAGAUAAAAGGGAAGAGGAAGUGGGAGAGAACCCACGCUUUUUCCUCAAAUAAUUAUAUUUCCGUAAUUAGCACUGAGAGUGCUUACGGUACGAUUGCGGGAGCAUUCCACGCGUCUUUCCGCGCGCGGACAUCUCCGCGCGGCCUUAAUUCCGUCGCACGAGACAAACGACAAUUCUCUCGCGUCAAGUGCCGUUGACAAUCCGCAUUUUCCGGGGGUGUCGCUCCGUUUUGCAGUCUGCCCCGUCGCUCGUAAUUACCCCGUAUCCGUAUUUGUACUAAUUGUAAAUUAUUCUUCUUUGCACUCGAGGAAGUUUCCUCCCAAAGUACGUAAUAAAUAACGCUUCUUUUCUCUCUCUCUCUCUCUCUCUUUCUCUCCCUCUCUCUUUUCUUCUUCUUCUUUUCAUUAUAUAUUUUUCCUAUUUUCGAUUUCUCUGUUGUAUGUGUGACACAGUAUCACAUCUGCAUUUCCUAAUUUGGUGUUGUACAUUUAUCUUUGCGCUUAAGGAGAUACAUUUCCGGAGCUUAAUAAAUAAUGCUUUCUCUCUUUCUAUUCUCUAUCCACCGAUGCGUGGCUGACGGUAAUUAAGAGCCGCGCGUAUACAUUAUCUUUCGCGUGGCCGGUGAUAGUUUUCAUCACGAGUUUCGCAGAUAACUCGCCGGCGGCGGGCUCGCGGCUAAUUAAUUUGGUUGCAACUCGGUCCGCGAAUAAUAAAAUCCCGAAGUAAGAUUAACGACGGCGCGCAUAAUGCGACCGUGCAAAUUUGCGUAUAUGUCAGUCAUAAAAAUAGUAAUCGCUCGUUAUUUGCGCGUCGACGCCCUGCCGCACCGGAAAUUGACCGAUCCGUCCGCCGGCUUCUGACUUUCAUAUUUCGUAUUAGAUCGAGAUGGGGAUGAGGCGGGCCGGGAGGCAGGCGUGAUGUCACUGGAAAAUUGCGCGGGACACGAGAGCGAGCUGUGGCUAAUUGAAAAAUCCGCGCGCACUUUCCUCGGUGUUCUUGACGGGAGAACGGGAACAAAAAUUCGCACUCCGCUGCACUCGCGAUUGCGUUACCUUUACGGCAGCGUGGGUAAAAAAAGGAAAAAAAGG